AUUUGAGCGCAUUUUUUUUAUAUACGUCCGGAGUUGCAGCCGAAAUGUUUUUAACUUGUAAGUCCUAGCCCUUUUGAAAAUUUAAUAUGGCAACCCUAUUACUCAGGAGUAUACCUCUUAAUUAUCGAACAUUCUGUAUCUUUCGAAUUUGAAGAGAAAGGGAGAAAAAAGGAAUCACCAGGAAAGAAAGUGAAAAGAGAAGUAGGAAAAAGAGUUGUAUAGAGAGCCCGCGGGCGUCAAGUAGUAACGAACGAUGCCGCGCAGACUCCUCGCAAGUGACUCGGUCAGACUCGCAGUAGUUCGCGUCAAGCACUUGAUCCGACACGGUCAGUGCCGUUCCGUCGUCGGCUCAACGACGUCCCUCUCCGCGUUUUCCCUCUGUCGCGGUCGCACCACGUUUUCGGCAAUUGCAUUUCGAGGGGGCUCCGUAACGAACGAACGUUCCUUCCUUCACGUCGAAGAAAUUGUCGAUCCGGAGAAAAUUCAACUGCUUUUUCAUAACUGUAAUAACACGGACAGAGUAUCAAACGAGUGCAACAUACAUGAUACGAAUUGCAUAGAAUAUGCAUAUAAUCAAAUCAGAAAAAAUAAAAGUAUUACUGUCUUGGCUCACGGAUAUUUAGGAGGAAGAAAUACUCUGCCGACGCCGUACGUCAUAUCAGCCUAUUGUUCGCGAAAUACCUCUGCUAUUAUAUUGCUCGACUGGUCUCGAUUAGCACGAGGAGAUAUGUUAAUGGUUUCUAAUCGAAUACCUAAGAUCGGAAGGAUAGUCGCGUCUAGUUUUGAUAUCUUAAAAAGAAGAGGAUACGAACUAGAAAAUUGGCAUUUGAUUGGGCAUUCUAUGGGUGCUCACAUUGUAGGUUGCGUCGGAACAUACACUUAUUUUAAUUUUUCACAUAUCACAGGUUUAGAUCCUGGAACUUUUUUUUAUUCUGACCUGUACGACGGUUGUCAAAUUAAUUCGAACGUCGCGCAAUUCACGGAAGUUUUUUACACGGAUAGCGGUGGAUAUGGCACGAUGAAAGAAGUAGGCACUGUUAACAUUUACGCCAAUACUGGAUCGGCACCACAACCUGCCUGCUGUCAUUCGCAAUAUGGCAUAAAUGGAUGCAGCCACAUUAAAGCGGCGGAAUGGUAUGCCGAUGCUGUGAGAAACGAGACAAAGUAUUUGGCCACCAAAUGCGCGAAUUGUUUCGCAUUUAUGAACUACGCGGGCUACUGCCGUGAGAACGAGCGCAUUUAUUUCGGACCGCGUAUAAACAAGACAGCAAGCGGCACCUACUGUCUCGUUAUCAAUUAAAAAGGAAAAA